AUGAGCGCAAAACAAAUCAGCAUUCACAGUGACUCCCAGUUCAUAGUAAACCAGAUAACGGCAGACUUCGUAGCCAAGGAUGCCUCUAUGUCAGCCUACCUAUCGGCAGCUCACCAACUCCUACAAAAGUUCCAGGCCUACGAGAUUCGGCAGAUCCCCAGGUCAGAAAACAGCUACGUCGAUGCACUCUCAUGUUUGGCUUCGGCAAUAAACGACAAGAUCAGAAGGAAGGUGCCGGUGGAGAUAUUGUCCCAGCCAAGCACGACAACUGCUGAAGUAUGCGCCGUACGGUAUGAGGACACAUGGAUGUCUCCAAUUUAG